AUGGCGGUUCUGGAGGGAGGUCAGGGAAGGGGAUGUGUGGUGGCUGGGCGGUGGUGGGUAGUGGUGUCUGCGAGGGGGGAUGCUCUGUCAAAUUUGCUGUGCAUGUGUUUUAAAGUUGGAUGCUCUGUUCUACUAAGGAUUUCGUCAAAAAUUUGCUUUACAUCAUAUUUACGUUUCAUAUGUCAUGAAACAGGGAUGCAUAAAAAGAGUACAUCCCUUGAACAAAACCAAAACAUAUUUACCUCCCUAUCCUUGUCUAGCAGUGGAAGAAUCCCAAAAGGUGCCAUAUCCUCCCAAACAUCUGAUGUUGAAGCCGCAUGCCUACCUGGGCCAAAGAAUGCGCCACCUUACUGCCCACUCGGGGUCGGAGAUGAUGGCGACAAGAGGGUUAGAAUGGGAGUUGAACCAGCGGAGGAAAGGAUCGUGGAGUUGGCCCAAGGCGCACAUCUUGGGCUUGAAGGCGUGAGCGGGCAAGUCCUGGACGUUCUCGAAGCCGACGGGGAUGGAGGGGUGGCCGGGGAGAGGGAGAACUAG